AUGGCAGCAGAGCAAUAUAAAGACUAUUGGAAAGGAUAUACAGAUGGGCAUAAAGGUGCAGCUCAUGCAAAGAAUCAGCCUUGGUAUUUAUAUAGAAAUUUCAGAGGUCCAGUACAAACAGUGGUACCAGAGCCAAAGAGACAGCCUCAAGUUUACAAUCGCUGGACAAAUGAUGCUCGCACAAAGGCAGCGCUUAGAUGGUGUGGCAAGUGGCUGUUCGCUACAAGGAAACAACGUCUUUUUAUGGUUAUUCUUGCAGCUUUUACUGUCGAAAAGGUUGAUACUUGGAUUCUCCAUUCCAUUACAAGAUAUAAUAACUUGGAAUGCACCAUGGAAUACGCUUACAAGAAAGAAAGAGAAUGGAAAGAACACCUGGAAGCUGAAAAAGCUAGAAGAAGAGCUUUAGGACUUCCAGAAGAUGGAGAAGAAGAGGAAGUUGAAGAGUCUGAAGAAUAG